AUGAAGGGGAGAAGCGCAGAUGUGAAGAGUAGAAAGUCACCCGACUUGGCGGUUCACGCUCCCGUAGGCAGAGACGAAAACAGAUGCGACUUUGAUGCGCUCGAUUCUGAGGCUUCCACUCCACUCUUUUUGUCUAUCCUGUCUCCGGCGCGUCAGAGAGGAGCCAGCUUGUUAAGUCACCGGCCCGCAGCGAUGCUGCUUGAGCCGAGACUGGCAGAUUGGGGCUUCUCAGGCUCAGACGAUCAAAUGGCCGGCCGGGAGAGACGGGGAGCCUGUUCGUUCUCCGGUGAGGAAAAACGACCGUCAACCUGCACACAUUUGGCUGGGCAUGCAAUCGGACCGUCGCCUGGCUCGAACCAGGUUCAACGAGCCUUCUUGAGAGCAUCUUCACUCGCAUGGCUGCGUGAUGGGUUGAUGCAGGGCAAAUUGUAA